AUCAAGGAACGAAGCUGGUGGGGCGGUGAAGAGCCAGGGCCUGGAAAGCUGGGAAUGCCAAGACAGGGGCACAUUGAAAGACAAGAGGCACAAUCAGACUUGUCUUUUAGGAAGAUCCCAGGCAGCUGGAGGGAGAAAAGAUGGAGGGUGAAUCUGGAGGUCCAGAAAUGCCCUUAGUGUGUUUGACAGACUUUCAGGCUCUUGCGCGAGAACUGCUGUCCAAGUCAACUCGGGAUUUCAUCGAAGGAGGAGCUGAUGAGAGCUUCACACGGGACGACAACAUUGCAGCGUUUAAAAAAAUCCGCCUCCGUCCCCGAUACCUGAGAGAUGUGUCGAAGGUGGACCCCAGGACCACCAUCCAGGGGGAGGAGAUCAGCGCCCCUGUUUGCAUCGCGCCCACAGGGUUCCACUGCCUCGUCUGGCCUGACGGGGAAAUGAGCACAGCGAGAGCUGCCCAAGCAGCUGGCAUCUGCUAUAUCACCAGCACAUUUGCCAGCUGCAGCCUUGAAGACAUUGUUGCUUCAGCCCCCAAAGGCCUGCGAUGGUUCCAACUCUAUGUACAGACAGACUGGCAGCUGAACAAACAGCUGAUCCAGAGGGUAGAAUCCCUGGGUUUCAAAGCUUUGGUUCUCACUUUGGAUGCACCCAUACCUGGCAACCGGAGAGACGACUCUCGAAACCAACUGGACUUGAAGAGGAACUUGAUGCUGAAAGAUCUUCGAUCCCCUGAAAAGGGAAAUCCAGCAUCUGAUUUGCGGACAUCUCCCCUCAGCGCGUCUUUCUGCUGGAAUGAUCUCGCCUGGUUUCGGAGCAUAACUCAGCUGCCCAUCAUCCUUAAAGGGAUUCUGACAAAAGAGGAUGCAGAGUUAGCUGUGAAGCACAGUGUUCACGGCAUCAUUGUUUCCAACCAUGGUGGAAGGCAGCUUGAUGAUGUUCCUGCUUCAAUUGAUGCUUUGACUGAAGUGGUGGCUGCUGUAGACGGGAAAAUUGAGGUGUACCUGGAUGGCGGGGUCCGAAAUGGCAACGACGUGCUGAAGGCUCUGGCCCUCGGGGCUAAGUGUGUUUUUCUUGGGAGACCCAUCCUGUGGGGUCUUGCCUGUAAGGGUGAACAUGGUGUUGAGGAAGUUUUGAACAUCUUAAAAAAUGAGUUUUACACUGCCAUGGCCCUUACAGGCUGCCGGUCAGUUGCUGAGAUCAAUCAAAAUCUGGUCCAGUUCUCCAGGUUGUAAGGAAAAAGAACUAAGAACCAGACUGCUGUGGUUACCCACAGGAGGAAGACAAGCUCACGGCAUGAUGUGUACAGCUGUUCUACCGGGGAACCACCUGGCCCGGGGUUCAUGCCCUGUCCCCUCA